CCCAAAGAAGCACAAUCAUGAAGAGCUUCAAAUCCAUAGUUGUUUUUCUGAUUAUUGAGUUAUCCUUUGUGCUUGCAACUCCUGACGGUGCCGUCAUAACUUGCUACCAUUUCGGUCAGAACUCUUGGGAAAAAACACAAACCAUCGAAAAGGCUUCUACCCACCAAAUCAAAGAAAUCUGUCCUGGAGAUGGCGACCAGAAUCAACGCAUCGAAGUCAAAGGGUCAGUGAAAAUUCUGUACGAAGAUUCCUUCAAGGCUAUACCCAAAUUACGUGAAAUCGAAGUUUCCGAGACGAACUUAGAAGAAAUUCAGCCUGGAACCUUCAAAGAUCUGCCAGAGUUAGACAACGUCGAUUUGACGAAAAACAAUUUGCAGGAAAUUAAAAGUGAGACUUUUGUAAAUCUGAAAGUUGGGAAUUUGUCGCUGCACAAGAAUUCGAUUUCACUUCUUGAGGAAGGAGCGUUCGUGAAUUUAUCAGACGUUCAAGGAUUUAUUCUUAGAGGGAAUAAUUUGCAAGAACUGAAGCGAGGAGUUUUUCAAAAUUUGUAUGUAACACAAAUCGAUUUGAGGUCAAAUAAAAUUUCUAAAAUAGAGGUUGGAACGUUUGCUGCUGUGUUUCCACGGAAUGAAGGUGGAAUAAAUCUGGAUUUAUAUAACAACAGAAUUGAAGAAAUAGAUUCCUCAGUUUUUGAUAACAAGCAUAUCGUUUCUUUAAGGUUGGAACAUAAUUCCAUUUCCGCACUUCGCGAAGGUGACUUGCGCAAUCUACCUAAUUUAAAAAAGAUACUACUAUCAGAAAACAAAAUUUCUGUUAUAGCAAGUAAAGCUUUUGAGGGCUUGAAAGAUUUAGAUUUUGUUGGUAUUGAUGAUAACAAACUGAAAGAAUGGGAUAGUAAUUGGUUCUCAGGAGAACGAGCAAUGGGGAUUUCACUUUCGCAUAAUUCUCUGGAAACGAUUCCUGCAGAAGCUUUCACAAAUAUUCCAGAAGGUAGUAAGUUAUACCUAGACCACAACCGUAUCAAGAGUAUUUCCGACAGUGCUUUCAAUGGUGUGACCAGAUUGGAGUGUAUUGAUUUGAGUUACAACAAAAUAAAAGAAUGGAACCUUGACCUUUUGAAAAAUGUGGAAAUUGAAGAUUUCGUUGAUUUUACGGGUAAUAAAUUUGAGUGUCCUGAAGAUGGUGGAACUGCUCUGGCUCCUAAAGCACUCUCAGUUGUUCACAGUUGUAGAGUUAUGUACGCGACAAUCAAGACGCAGAGUGUUACACACACCCGAAGAAGUGUGGUCAUGAAUAACUUCAAACCCACUAUUAUUUUUCUAUUAAUUCUUGAGUUAUCUAUUAUUCCUGGAACAGAAUACGUGUGGUCGAAAACCAUCGAAAUCAAAGGAACAGCGAAAACCCUGUACGAAGAUUCCUUCAAAGGUAUACCCAAGUUGUGUGAAAUCGACGUUGCCCAGGCGAACUUGGAAGAAAUUCAGUCCGAAACAUUCAAAAAUUUGCCACAUUUAGACAUCCUAGAUUUGAGCGGUAACAAUUUGCAUGAAAUUAAAAGUAAAACUUUUGUAAAUCUGAAAGUUCACAAUUUGUACCUGCAAGAGCAUUUUAUUGCACUUCUACAGGAGAGAGCUUUCGUGAACUUAUCAGACGUUGAUGAAUUAAAUAUCGAAAACAAUAGCCUACAAGAACUGAAGCGAGGAGUUUUUCAAGAUUUGUCUGUGAGAAGGAUCGAAUUGGGGUUAAAUCAUAUUUCGAGAAUUGAGGUUGGAACGUUUGAUAGAGUGUUUUCAGGGGACGAACAGUCAAUUCAUUUGAAUUUAAUGAACAACAGUAUUACAGAAAUAGAUCCCUCAGUUUUUAAUCACAAGUAUAUCAUUUUUUUAGGAUUGGCAAAUAAUUCCAUUUCCGUACUUCGCCCAGGUGACUUGCAUAAUUUACCUUAUAUGCAGGAUAUACAACUGAUGGGAAACAAAAUAAAGCAAGUCCCAGAGGGAGUUUUCAGCGGUUCGGAAAUCAGAUCCUUUGGCUUGGAGUUGAACGAAAUUUCUUUUAUUGCAAGUAAAGCUUUUGACGACAUGAAAUAUUUAUAUUAUGCUGGUCUUAGCAAUAACAAACUGAAGGAACGGAAUAAGAACCGUUGUUGGUUGGACUUUCGUACAAUUUAUCUGGAGACAAUGCCUGCUGAAGCUUUCACAAAUAUUCCAGGAGAUUCUAUAUUAAGACUAGACCAUAACCGAAUCCGCAGUAUUUCAGACAGUGCUUUCAAAAGUGUGACACAACUGGGCAGCAUUGAUUUGAGUUACAAUGAACUAGAAGAAUGGAAUCUUAGGGGUAAUAGAAUUAAGUGUCCUAAAGAGGGUUCAAACUCUCUGGUUCCUAAAGCGUAUGUAGUUUAUCUGAGUAAUUGUCCUGAAGUUGUUGCGAAAGCACGACAUUCAGGUCGAGCAAAAUCUCCGACCAAGACACCUCCAUGCCCCAAGCCCAGUCCUAGUCCGGCUCCGGUGGCGACGACUCCGGGGACUCCGGCGAUGAGACCAGGGGCACCAAUAAUCCCACUGGGCUCGGGCUCGGCUAACACAAGCCAGUCGAAAACGCUUCAACACACCAAAUCAAAGAAAUUUGUCCUGAAGAUGGCGAGCACAAGCAGCGCAUCGAACUCAAAGGGUCAGUGGACAUUCUGUACGAAGACUCCCUCGAAGGUAUACCCAAAUUAUCUGAAAUUAAAGUUUAUGACAAAUUGCUUAGAAGAAAUUGAACCUGGAACCUUCAAAGAUCUGCCAAAGGUGGACAACGUAGAAGUGAGCAUCAACCCUUUGCAGGAAAUUAAAAGUGGGACUUUUGUAAAUUUGCACUUGAAAAAUUUCAAAACUGAAAUGACGAAAAAUUUGGGAAUCUUAAAAUUAAAAAACUGA